AUGGGCGGCGGAGGAGAUGGCAGCCUCACUGGAAACGCGCAGGGGAGCCUGAGCCGGCGCUGGGGACGCACAGCGCACAGCGCUCCCUCGCCACGCCGCCACGCAGCCCCUCCAUCUUCCUGCUCAGCUUCCCGGCCCGUGCGCCCCUUCUUUCGGGGUCCGGCUUCUCCCCGGGGCUCCUGUCUACCUCCCCCCGGGCCCUCCGCGGCCCCCCUGCUCCGGUCCCCUCCCCCGCCACACGCUCACACGCGCGCGCACACUCACACUCACACACACACGCACACCCGCGCGCACACGCCAGCAAGUCGCUGGCCGCUCAAUGGACCGAUUGCCCCGGUUUCCCUGAUCCCAGCUCAGCCCGGGAUGAGAAAUUGCAAAAUGGCCCGGGUCGCCAGUGUGCUGGGGCUGGUCAUGCUCAGCGUUGCCCUGCUGAUUUUAUCGCUUAUCAGCUACGUGUCCCUGAAAAAGGAGAACAUCUUCACCACUCCCAAGUACGCCAACCCGGGGGCGCCCCGAAUGUACAUGUUCCACGCGGGAUUCCGGUCACAAUUUGCGCUGAAGUUUCUAGACCCGUCAUUUGUGCCCAUUACGAAUUCUCUGACCCAAGAACUCCAAGAGAAACCUUCUAAGUGGACAUUUAAUCGGACAGCGUUUUUACACCAAAGGCAAGAAAUUCUUCAGCAUGUCGAUGUAAUAAAAAAUUUUUCUUUGACCAAGAAUAGUGUUCGGAUCGGACAACUGAUGCACUAUGAUUAUUCCAGCCAUAAAUAUGUUUUCUCCAUUAGCAAUAACUUCCGGUCACUACUUCCAGAAGUGUCACCCAUUAUGAAUAAGCAUUAUAAUAUUUGUGCUGUGGUUGGAAAUAGUGGGAUCCUGACAGGGAGCCAGUGUGGACAAGAAAUAGAUAAAUCAGAUUUUGUUUUCCGUUGCAAUUUCGCCCCUACGGAGGCAUUCCAGAGAGAUGUUGGAAGGAAAACCAACCUUACCACCUUCAACCCCAGCAUCUUGGAAAAAUAUUACAACAAUCUUUUGACCAUUCAGGACCGUAACAACUUUUUCCUCAGUUUAAAAAAGCUCGAUGGGGCCAUUCUUUGGAUCCCUGCAUUUUUCUUCCACACUUCAGCAACGGUUACCAGGACAUUAGUUGACUUCUUUGUUGAACACAGAGGUCAGUUAAAGGUCCAAUUGGCUUGGCCUGGAAAUAUAAUGCAACAUGUCAACAGGUACUGGAAAAACAAACAUUUGUCGCCCAAACGGCUGAGCACAGGUAUUCUUAUGUACACCCUUGCAUCAGCAAUAUGUGAAGAGAUCCACUUGUAUGGAUUUUGGCCUUUUGGAUUUGACCCCAACACAAGGGAAGACCUUCCAUACCAUUACUAUGACAAAAAAGGAACCAAAUUUACCACCAAGUGGCAGGAGUCCCACCAGCUGCCUGCCGAGUUUCAGCUGCUUUACCGAAUGCAUGGGGAAGGGCUCACCAAGCUGACUCUGUCACACUGUGCCUAAGAACUCCACAUGAAAGUGCCACAUGGCUGUUUAAAAAGUGCCCCAAAUCAAAUUGAAUAGUCUUCAGAAUAAAACCCUAGAGAAUCUCUUAUAAGGAUUGUCUGCCAUUUAAAAGGAAAGAUGUCUUCACUCCCUCUUUUGCACUGCUCUUUGAAGGGUCUUAGCUGACUUAGCACAUGAUCUCGACUUGAUUGAUAAAAGGAAUGUUGCAUUUGGAACUAUGCUGCUAACGAAAUGGUUUGAAGUAUUUUCAUGUUUGUAUUUUAACAAUAAACUGCCUCUCAUUUUGUAUUAGGACUAGGGCUGUAGUUCCUGCAGCUCUGCUCAGAUACAGUCCUGGUCACCAUAGGCCUCUGGCCAAUUUGGGCAGGAUCUCACUUUUGCCAGUGGGAUCAGACUCUUAAGAAUGGAAAUAUUAAAAACUGGUUUGCAUCUCUCUCUCUCCUCUCUAUCUCUCUCCUUUCUC